UUAUAGAAAAAAACUUUUUUUAAUCAUUUUUGAAACUAAUGGUGUCUUGUGAAAAUGCCUUCUGCAAAUACCGAAGAAUUGAGGCGAAAGUUCACAGUUGUUCAACAACAAAGAUCAGCACCCCCAGGGUUUUCAGCACCAGGUGCUGGAGUUGCUUCAAAUUCAUCGUCAGUUUACGAUCCUCUAAACGCUUCAUCUAUUCCUUUAAGCUGUACAAAUGCGGGAUUCUUGACUGUCCAAGAGCCCGAAAGAACAUACGUAUUCCCGGGUCCAGGCAUGCUUGGUGGAAAUGUCAUCAGUAGUACGACAACCGGUAUACCAGGAGUGGCGAUUAUUAACCCAGCUCCUAAUUCGUUAGGCGUAACUUUAGCGACGGGCCGCGGUCAUGCUCGUUCCGUUAGCCAUGGUGGUGGUGCUAUCCUAGGUCCCAGCGGUCGCCCUAUAAAAUCUGCUUUGAAAGGACACCAAAGGGCUUUUUCACAAGGUCAAAUUACGGAUUCACCUGGUGCCACAAACACUCCUAGGGGUCACAGUAGGGUAGGGUCGAAAACUGAUUUCAUAUUGCCACCCGGCCAUAAAGAGGAAAAUGAAACGCGUGAAUUCGGACCCUCCGCACCAUCUUCAGCGACCGGUCGUGGUCAUUCUCGGCAAGCUUCUCGUUCCGAAUCAAUAUAUACACUGCGUCGCUCUGAAACUCCACCUUGGUGGAAACGUAUUGGAAUAUGUCAAGCAGAAAAAUGUGAAGAACGCACAUAUCGUAUUGUAGUGCCAAAUCAUACCGUUCCGCCGAAAACACCAAAACGUGACCAUCCAAAUGGUCACUUUGUCGGUAAUAAAAUACGCACUACCAAGUAUACCCUGCUCUCGUUUAUACCGAAAAAUUUGCUCGAACAAUUUCACCGUGUAGCAAAUUUAUAUUUUAUUUUCAUAGUCUUACUCAAUUGGUUUCCUGCCAUUAAUGCAUUUGGCAAGGAAGUUGCCAUGAUACCGGUCUUAUUUGUUUUGGGUGUAACUGCUGUGAAGGACUUGUUUGAGGAUCGUCGACGGAGAUUUUCCGAUAAAAGGAUAAACAAUUCAACAUGUCGCGUGUAUGAUGGGUAA